AGCUGGCAGAGCCGGGGCUAGUCCGCUGCGCGCAAGGAGAGGGAGAUCACGGGCUGGCUCUGGUCCUCUCAGACGGACACGGGGAAACCACCUUACCAAUCACGUCUCCUUGAGGGCUGAAUAGGCGAGAACAGAAAAGAGCAAGAGAGAGAGUGAGAGGCAGGGAGAAAUAUAAUAAUAUAAAGCUAUAAGGACAACACCUCCGUUUGUAACCACAGGGAGUCGGCAUCUGGAAACAUAACGAGCGAAGAAGACCCCCCCUCGCGACAUCUCUCGGCUCUGUAUCUCCCAGCACACCCCUCCUAUAGCCUACUCCCUGGAGAACGACCACCCAUUGAACACCCUAAUUGACCAGCGUUGUCAUUAAGCGAUGCACUUUGAAUCCAAGACGAAACCGAACGCGUAAUUUUGAUGCACAUUUUACAACCAGUGAUCUUCAUUUUCCAAAACGGAACAGUUUAGACUAUGGAUACAGUUUUGGGUGUUUAGCCUAAAUUUAACGGGUUUCUGGUGACGUGAAAUUAUCUCAUCCCAGGUAACUGACAUCAACACUAUACUAUUAUCUCUUAUUGUUUGUGGAGGAGUCUUAUCAUCUUCGUUUUAUUCAAUUUUCCAUUUUCUUUUUCAAACCAAUGGUCUGGGAACGGACCGCCUCACUCGACACAUAAUAUUUUAUUUAGACGUGUCAGCUUCGUUUAGUGCUUCGAACAAGGACAACAUUACAGAAUUGCAAGGGAAAGGCUUUUGCACAAAAAUACUGAGUGGAAAGUUUGUUGCCGGAGAGGGAAUAAAUCGGAGACAUUUCGGCCAUAUCCACGGGAUUUUUCCCUAAGGUGGGAGGUCCGUGGGCUGCAGCCAUGCUGUCCCUGGACGAGCCAUUGGACCUAAUGCUCCCCCGAGGGUGUGUCAACGGGCGGGACAGGGGUGCACGGUCGCCCCUCACCCUCUCUCCGAUACCCUCCAAGCGUGCCCGGCAGCUCCGCAUGGCUGAUGAUGGCACAGCCGUCAUAGUGCCCGCCUCCCCGGCCUCGCCGCACACAGGUGUGCCGGUGGUCUCCCAAGAGAGGCCAGAGACACCCCCCACCCCCCCGGCCGUGGACCUCAGUAUGUCCCCCUACUCCCGCCACACCUCCAGCUCCCCAGAGAUGACCAACGGAAACGGGGUCUCCCACCACAUCAUUGCAGGGGACUCAGCUCACAUCCGUUACGUGGAGAGCAGAGCCUCCUCGCAGGCCUUCCAGUUCUUCGUGCCGAUUGGUGCUGGGGCCGGACUCCACCUGCCGUCAUCCAUGUUCAUUGGCCAGCCCAAUGACAAGCGGGCCUCUCCCGAUCUCUCAGCAGACGAACAGCUGGCCUGUCGCUGGAGGAAGUGCCAUCUUCUCUUUGACUCCCUGCAAGACCUCGUGGACCAUGUCAACGACUUCCAUGUCAAACCUGAAAAGGAUUCUGGCUACUGCUGCCACUGGGAUGGCUGCGCUCGCAAAGGGCGGGGCUUCAACGCUAGGUACAAGAUGCUUAUCCAUAUCCGUACCCACACCAAUGAGAAGCCUCACCGUUGCCCCACCUGCAACAAGAGCUUCUCUCGCUUGGAGAACCUCAAGAUACACAACCGCUCACACACAGGUGAGAAGCCCUACAUCUGUCCAUACGAGGGCUGCAACAAGCGCUACUCCAACUCCAGCGACCGCUUCAAGCACACACGCACCCACUACGUGGACAAGCCCUACUACUGCAAGAUGGCCGGCUGCCUGAAGCGCUACACAGACCCCAGCUCCCUCCGUAAGCACAUCAAGGCCCACGGCCACUCUGUAGCCCAGGAGCAAGGCUCUCCGGGCGGGCUGGGCUCCCUGCUCAAGGGGGGUCCCCUGGGGGUGGGGAUGGGUGGAGGAGGGGGGAAGCUGGGGGAGUCGGAGCUGAGCUACAUCAGUGGGGCCCAUAUCAUCAUCCCCAGCGCCGCUGCCGCUCUCCUGGGGGGCCACGCUCUGCAGGGCCUGGGGGGCUCCAUCCCUCUAUCCCCCCUCGGCCCUCGGCCCCUGGACCUGAGCAUGCUGGGGGGGUGCCCCAGCUCCCCUUGCACCACCUCCAUCCUGUCCUUCAAUGGUUCUCCUCUGAGCUUGGCCACCAAGUCGUCCCUGGGGCUCUCCCCGGCCUUCCCCUCCUCAGCCCUGGGGCUGGGGCCCACCAUGGUCCCUGUGUCCCUAGGAGGAUCUAUGGGGUCGUCCACCUCGGAGCGCAGGGCCCACCAUCACGGGCGUCACUGCAAGGGAAAAAUUGGGGGGGAGGACGAGCUCCACCGUGGGGGGGUGCUGAACCUCUCCACGGGGGCCUCCCACGAUCCCCUGUCCUGGGUGGUCAUCCCCUCUGGCACGGUUGUGCUCAAGCCAGCUGUGGUCAACUAACACACACACACACACAUUCCAGAGGAGCUCGGGGGGUGGGGGGGGAAAGAAAGGUGAAAAGAAAGAAAGGCAACUUAAACUAAACAACAAAAUCCACACCUCAGUUUGUGAAUUGGCUCUGACAAACAAAUAUAAUUCAUAAGAGAAAUGUAAACUGAGGGAUCUGGCAGGCUAUCUUUGCAUUUGUCUAGCACAUUUUGGGACCAACAACAACUCAGAAAUAUAUUUCAAUCGUGUAAUUUUGUAUUAUUUCACAAGGCUUGAAAAAAAAUGCAACAGCGGCCCUCCUCACCUCUUCAACACAUUCUCUGUCUCUUGUCUUGCUUUUCUCACUUACUUGCAUUUCCUUUGUUUAUGGACAGGCUCCAUUGAAACGACAGUCUUCUAAUGCUCUGUGUCCUUGCUCAAGCUCCACCUCAUGUGUAUGUAUUUAUAAUGUUCAUGUUGACAGUGUGCACUGCGGCCUAGCAGUGAGGUAGACACACAAAUGAAACAGUAGGACGCGCUCGCUGCUAGGCUAGCAACACACAGUACGUCCCCAUUCUGCUGCUUUAAAGGCUACAUAAACUACUUCGUACAAAGUGCUGUGAACACAAUUGGACAAACUUCCUGUUUUAUCGGAAGUAAAGUCGAACUGAUUUAGAAGGGGAUUACGGAUUAAUUGAAUGCGGGUCAUUGACUGCACCUCCCUACUUUAAACAAUAGGACGGUGCUAUUGGAUAUAGUGUAUGUCAAUCAGAAUGCCAUCCACAGAAGCACACGCGUUAUUGGAUGAUGUGUAUGUCAAUCAGAAUGACACACAACCCCCUUUGAGUCAGUACAUAAACCCACAGCACUGAUGGUGUAACCGGCUAUAGUGUUGUAACCUCACAACUGCUGCUAACCUCUCAACAACUCUCCUAAAACGUAACCGAAACGUGAGCACUUUGAUGACUAUUUUUGACAAUCUUUUCCCAAUUCGGGGAGGGUGACCAUCGUGGACAAGCCCUUUCCACAAUGAUAUGUGACGGGCUUGUCGUUGCAGACUAAGGGCUUGUGUAAGGACACAGAGCAACUAAGGUCUUAGAAGGCAGACAACGGUGUUAUAUCACCCAGCAAAUUACCAAUAUUCUUCUUCUUCUUCUUCGCGGUGACGUCUAUGGCACAGGUGUUGUUUUGUACCCCCUAGUGGAAAGGUGAAUCACUACGGCCAGUCAGCCUCCCAGUCCCAUUCUACCAGUCCAAUGUAUUAUUGUCCACAACACCUCUACUUCUAACUGACAAAGUGAGUCAAGUACUGAGUAUGAAAGGCCCACUGUUUAAGUAACACACUGUGUUGUGGUACAGUAUUUGAAGUGACCUGUCAUUAAAACCAGCUGUGUAAAACAGGUGGUUGUCCAGUGAAGAGAACAUUCAAAGCCUGACUUGGAGUCCUGAGUCCUUGUGGAGUUGGUUGUUGGUUGCUGUGUCCCGAGUUCAACAGUCCCACAUUGUGCCAAAAAAUAUCCAGCCUUGAGGGCAGACUGGGUGCUGUGUAUCCUGAACCACAGGGUGUGUGACACAUUAAUGCCUGAUUUAUACUAUAGGGCUGACUCAAACCAUACCAUGAUGGCUCGGAUUUUCUUUUCACAUUGUUCUGUUUAGCAUGGUUCCAGCAUCAUGGCGUAACCAGGCCAGCCUGCUACAGUUAGGCAUGGUUUGGCCCUAUAGUGUGAAUCAGGCUUUACUGCUACAUACAGCUGGACUGGUCAGAGAACCACAGCCACACGAGAAACUGCCUCACUUCACUUUUCCAAAGAAGUGGGGUUAAUUCACUGACUUUUAGAACAACUUACUUAUGUAAAAAUCUGUAUGGUUCGAUUGAUGCAUUCAACAUGCACCUAUACCAUACACACCAAUGUCUUUUUUACGUUUUACAAAACAUGUUACUGCCAACUUGUACUUGUGACUCUCUGGAAACAUUUUGUCUUUCUCUUUCCAUCUUCACUAACUUGGUUUUCCCUUAAUUUACACUCAGGCUUGAAAGGGCCACCUUUCUCUGUGGACUCUGGGGUCCUUCCACACGCUUGCGUCGCAGAGAUAUGAUGUAUGUAGAAUGUUGAGUGAACCCCGUUAUGGGGGUAUAGGAGGGGAGGGGAGAGGAGCAUCUUAACACAAGGAACAUUCCCCUGAAGAGACAAAUACCCCUCCACCUCUACUCACUGUCCCUCCAUCUUUCUUUAAAGGUCUUACAUUUCCAUUUUCCAUGUCGAU